AUGCCGCCACGAACAGCGCUGGCUAGAAUUAGCGAAGGCUUCAGCACGGAUUCAGGCAGCAUCAACGACGCCGCAGUGGUCAAGGAGUUUGCGGAUGGCCUCUCGCGCUCCCCCGACAUGGCGGUCGCGGUGGCGGCGAUCCGCGCGCUCACGAGCGUGAUUAAGAACAGCGGCGCGCAGACCAUGAUGGGGUUGGAAAAGGAGCUCAAGGACGCGGCGGCGGCGCUGCAGCGGUGUAACCCCACCUCCAUCAGCCUCAAGGCUGGGUGCGAGCUCUUCCUGCGCUACACCACGCGCACCAGCGCCCUUGAGAUGGAGGACUUUGCAGCGGCAAAGGCGCGGCUUAUAGAGCGCGGGAACCGCUUCGCGGACAUCUCCAUCCGGGCGCGGCAGGCCAUCGCCGAGCUCGGGGCGCGCUUCAUCCGCAACGGCUCGACGCUGCUCACGCACGGCCGGUCGCGCGUCGUGCUGGCCCUGCUGCAGCGCGCGGUGUCGCAGGGCAUCAACUUCAGCGUUGUGGUGACAGAGGGGCGGCCCGACGGCACGGGCCAGAGCAUGGCGCGCGCCCUGGACGAGCUCGGGGUGCCGGUCACCAUGGUGCUCGACAGCGGCGUGGCGUACGCACUGGAGCGCGUGGACAUGGUGCUGGUGGGCGGCGAGGGCGUGGUGGAGAACGGCGGCGUCAUCAACAAGCUGGGCACCUACCAGAUCGCCCUCUGCGCCAAGGCCCUCAACAAGCCCUUCUAUGUGGCGGCAGAGUCCUACAAGUUCGCCCGCCUCUACCCCCUCAACCAGCAGGACCUCCCUGUCGAGCACAAGCCGGUGGACGUGGGCCCCCUGCUGCCGCGCAGCGUGGCGGUGGACAACCCAAGCCGCGACUACACGCCGCCGCAGUACAUCAGCCUGCUGGUCACAGACCUGGGGGUGCUCACGCCGGCCGCGGUCAGCGACGAGCUCAUCCAGCUGUACGUGUGA